UUAGUAUCAAACUUUAGCGUAAUAUGUGUCACUUAUUAACAAUUAAUAAAUGAGCAUAUUUGUAAAGUUUCGUUUGGGAUUUAUGCUAAGAAGCUAGUAGGCGCGUGCACGACCGCGCUCUGGACUGUCGGUAACGAGCGGAAGCCGCGUUUGUUGUUCUUCCUUCUGUUUCCGAGACGUUCAGGGUUGAACCCGCGCCUGCAUGUCGCUGCCAGUUCCCUUCUACAGCCCCCGGAUGAAGAUUAACAGGAAUGCCAAAGGAGAAAUAUGACCCCCUAGAUCCCCGCAGAUGUUACACCAUCAUGUCAGCUGAGGAGGCGGCUGGUGGGAAGAAGUCUCACUGGGCUGAGCUGGAGAUCUCUGGAAGGGUGCGGAGCCUGAGCAGCUCGUUAUGGACCCUCACCCACCUGACGGCGCUCCACAUCAACGACAACAACCUGACUCGUAUCCCACCGGACAUCGCCAAGCUGCCCAACCUGGUCUACCUGAACCUGUCAUCCAAUAAGCUCCGAAGUCUGCCCGCCGAACUGGGCAACAUGGUUACUCUCAGGGAAUUGCUUUUGAACAACAAUCUUCUACGAGUCCUGCCUUAUGAACUCGGGCGGCUUUUCCAGCUCCAAACCCUCGGGCUCAAAGGAAAUCCUUUGUCCCAGGACAUCCUCAACAUCUACCAGGAGCCCGACGGAACCAGAAAGCUUUUGAACUACAUGCUCGACAAUCUAGCAGUUCACCCGGAGCAGCUCCCUCAGAGACCGUGGAUCACUCUGAAAGAGCGAGACCAGAUGAUUCCCACAGCGGUGUUCACGGUCAUGUGCUACAACGUGCUGUGUGACAAGUACGCCACGCGGCAGCUGUACGGCUACUGUCCGUCCUGGGCCUUAAGCUGGGAGUACCGCAAGAAAGGCAUCAUGGAGGAAAUCACCAGCUGUGACGCCGACAUCAUCAGCCUUCAGGAGGUGGAGACGGAGCAGUACUACACGCUGUUUCUGGAAACGCUACGGGACCGUGGCUACGACGGCUACUUCUGUCCCAAGUCUCGUGCCAAACUGGUUUCGGAGCAGGAGAGGAAGCACGUGGACGGCUGUGCCAUCUUCUUCAAGACAGAGAAGUUCUCGUUGGUGCAGAAACACACGGUGGAGUUCAAUCAGGUGGCCAUGGCCAACUCGGAGGGGUCAGAGGUCAUGCUGAACAGAGUCAUGACCAAAGACAACAUCGGAGUGGCUGUUCUACUGGAGGUCAACAAGGACAUGUUCUCUGCUGGCAUGAAGCCGCCGCAGGAGAGGCAGCUGAUCCUGGUGGCCAACGCCCACAUGCACUGGGACCCAGAGUUCUCAGACGUCAAGCUGAUCCAGACCAUGAUGUUCCUGUCGGAGCUGAAGAGCAUCGCUGAGAGAGCUUCGGACUCUGUUACGACGGGCUCGCCAACCUCCGACCCCUCCUCCAUCCCCAUCGUUCUGUGUGCUGACCUCAACUCGCUGCCCGACUCCGGUGUGGUGGAGUACCUGAGCAACGGAGGAGUGGCUGAAAACCACAAGGACUUUAAGGAGCUGCGCUACAACGAGUGUCUGACCAACUUCAGCUGCAACGGCAAGAACGGGAACUCCAGCGGCAGCAUCACACACAGCUUCCAGCUGAAGAGCGCCUACGACAGCAACCUGAUGCCUUACACCAACUACACGUAUGACUUCAAGGGGGUCAUCGACUACAUCUUCUUCUCCAAGACACAUAUGAGUGUUUUGGGGGUCAUGGGGCCGCUGAAUAGCCAUUGGCUGAUAGACAACAGCAUCACUGGCUGCCCCCACCCCCACAUCCCCUCGGACCACUUCUCCCUGCUGGCCCAGCUGGAGCUGCACCCACCCCUGCCCCACCCGCUGAACCCCCUCAAUGGGCUGCACCUGCCGGUCCACAGGUAGUGCAGCCUGAGAGAUCCCCCCACCCCACCCCCACCCCCCGGCUUUUAAACAUCCCCCCAUCACCAUCCUCUGACCUUUAUACAGGACCCUGUACAGUUCACCCCCUCCACACACACACACACCUAUUAGUGAAGUAUUCGCCUGUUUGUUGCUCUUUUUCACAUUCGUUACCCCCCCCCCCCCCCCCCCCGCCCCGCCCCGGACGAGCUCGAUACCAAAUGUUGGGAUGAAGAAGUUAAUCUCUAAUCUCCAUGUUGCUGUUUUGCCUUAGAUCAUGACAGCUGGUAGAUUCUGCCAAAACCAACGAAAAACAACCGUUUUAGAUCACAUGACCUGUUUGUUGUUCCACUUUGGUUUUUUUCACACAUUUAUUAAAUAAAUAUUUUAAAUAUUAAA